GACGCCGACAGGCGGUCACCCGUUACGUUGCGUUACGUUGGGUGUGGGAGCAGCGAGGGGCUAGUGCUCUGUCGGUUGGUGCGAGAGCGGCGCUGAGUGCUUGGCCGCUUGUGGUGGGACCAUGUCGGCGAUGGGGACUCUCGCGUUCGAUGAGUACGGGCGGCCCUUCCUGAUCCUCAAGGACCAGGAUCGCAAGAGCCGCCUCAUGGGGCCGGAGGCCUUCAAGUCUCACAUAAUGGCAGCAAAGGCUGUGGCAAAUACACUGAGAACAUCACUAGGGCCAAAUGGUCUUGAUAAAAUGAUGGUGGACAAGGAUGGUGAGGUGACUGUCACAAAUGAUGGGGCCACCAUUCUGAGUAUGAUGGAUGUGGAUCAUCAAAUAGCGAAACUUAUGGUAGAAUUGGCCAAAUCGCAGGAUGAUGAGAUUGGGGAUGGAACUACAGGGGUUGUUGUUCUGGCUGGUGCAUUAUUAGAACAGGCUGAGCAGUUGUUAGAUCGUGGUAUUCACCCUAUGAGAAUAGCAGAUGGUUAUGAGCAGGCUGCACGCAUUGCCAUUGAGAAUCUAGACAAAAUCAGUGACAGUUUUCCAGUUGAUCCACAGAACAAGGAACCUCUCAUCCAGACUGCAAAGACAACUCUAGGCUCUAAAGUAAUUAAUCGUUGCAACAGACAAAUGGCAGAAAUUGCUGUGAAUGCUGUACUGACAGUGGCUGAUAUGGAACGCAAAGAUGUGGAUUUUGAGCUAAUCAAAGUGCAAGGCAAAGUGGGAGGAAGGCUGGAAGAUACCCAGUUGGUCAAAGGAGUGAUUGUGGAUAAAGAUUUCAGCCAUCCACAGAUGCCUAAAGAAGUUAAAGAUGCUAAAAUUGCAAUUCUCACUUGUCCAUUUGAGCCACCUAAGCCUAAAACUAAGCACAAGCUUGAUGUCACAUCUGUGGAAGAUUACAAGGCACUGCAGAACUAUGAAAAGGAUAAAUUUGAAGAGAUGGUGAAGCAGAUUAAAGACACUGGUGCAAACCUAGCUAUUUGCCAGUGGGGUUUCGAUGAUGAGGCAAACCACUUACUGCUUCAGAAUGAGCUGCCUGCAGUUCGUUGGGUUGGCGGACCUGAAAUUGAAUUGAUUGCUAUUGCAACUGGAGGGCGCAUCGUUCCUCGUUUUUGUGAACUGACAUCUGAGAAACUAGGCUUUGCUGGCAUUGUCAGGGAGAUUUCAUUUGGAACAACGAAGGAUAAAAUGCUUGUUAUUGAGCAAUGUAAGAAUUCCAGAGCGGUGACCAUCUUCAUUAGAGGAGGAAAUAAGAUGAUUAUCGAAGAAGCAAAACGAUCUCUUCAUGACGCAUUGUGUGUAAUUCGGAACCUGGUUCGUGAUAACCGCAUUGUAUAUGGAGGUGGUGCUGCUGAGAUCUCUUGUGCUUUGGCAGUUAGUGAAACAGCAGAUAAGUGCCCCUCUUUGGAACAGUAUGCUAUGCGGGCUUUUGCUGAUGCCCUAGAAGUAAUUCCCAUGGCACUUUCUGAAAACAGUGGAAUGAACCCCAUACAGACUAUGACUGAAGUGCGAGCAAGGCAAGUGAAAGAAAACAAUCCUGCUCUUGGGAUCGACUGUUCGCGCAAAGGAACAAAUGAUAUGAAGGAACAACAUGUCAUAGAAACUUUAAUUGGUAAAAAACAACAGAUUGCUCUGGCUACACAGAUGGUUAGAAUGAUUCUGAAGAUUGAUGAUAUUCGUAGGCCAGGAGAAUCUGAAGAAUGAAGGCUGUAGAACAAGGAAUAAAAUGUAAUGGAACCAUUGCAGUAACAAAUAUUCAGAUGUUGUAUCUCUAAAGUUCAUCUUCAGCUAUUUAUUUCUUGACAAUUUUUGUUUAAAUACUGUAACAGCUAGUUGUUGAAGACAAUAAAGUACCAUUUAGCAACUGU